GAGGGCGCUAGCGGGGUAGCUAGUUAGCGAUCGUAGUUCUGAGCCAUCUGAAAGGAUUAGCGCUAUGUUUAUUUGAUCGUUGAGGAUAUGGCGCAUUUGAACAGAAGGACUAUUUUGUCUGCUGGAUUAUGACUGGAUUUCUAGCCAGCUAACUAGCUUUCGCUAAUUGCAUUGCAGAGCCUACCUCUAUUAAACGUUACGUCGUGUUGCUUAUUGAAACACACAUCCCGCAAGAAAUUGUGAAUUUAGAUUGCAUGCCAGAGUCUUAACUAGCUACGACAGCUAAGCAAGCCACUCCUGAUUGUCUCAUGUUUUGCUACAACCUUUGCUGUCUUAUCGAUUUGGCAACACUCGCUUGGCCACGUCUUAUCAAUUUGUGUAUUUUAGUUUUCUCGUGGUAAACGCCAGCCUCUACCUAGCUAACGUUACCCAACGACCUGGUUGCCAAAUGUCGGAGAAGAGUUCGAACUCGUCGGGCUCCGAUGAAGAUGUGGAUCCCGAAUCUGGGCAUCCUGUUGAACUCGGUGGCGUCCUAAGCAAGUGGACCAACUACAUUCACGGAUGGCAGGACCGGUGGGUAGUGUUGAAGAACAACACUCUGAGCUACUAUAAGUCCGAGGAUGAGCGGGAGUUCGGCUGCAGGGGCUCUCUGUGUCUCAGCAAGGCGAUCAUCACACCCCAUGAGUUUGAUGAGUGUCGUAUUGACAUCAGUGUGAACGACAGUGUGUGGUACUUACGGGCAGAGGACCCAAAGCACCGGCUCCGAUGGAUUGACUCCAUCGAAUUACACAAGGUGGAGUCGGGGUAUGGUUCAGAGUCCAGUCUGAGGCGUCAUGGUUCCAUGCUGUCUCUCACGUCCGCUGCCAGUGGCUUCUCCGCCACCUCCACCUCCUCCUUCAAGAAGGGCCACAGCCUGCGGGAGAAGCUGGCGGAGAUGGAGACAUUCAGAGACAUCCUGUGCAGACAAGUGGACACACUACAGAAGUACUUUGACGGCUGUGCAGACGGCGUCUCCAAGGACGAGUUCCAGAGAGACAGAGUAGUGGAGGAGGAUGAAGAUGACUUUCCCACGAGCACGCGUCCCAAUGGUGACUGCCUUCACAACAACAACGGCAGCAAAGAGAAGCUGUUUCUCCCUGCCAGUCCUAAGGGCAUGAAUGGGAUCGAUUUUAAGGGCGAGGCCAUCACGUUUAAGGCCACUACAGCUGGGAUCCUGUCUACCCUGUCCCACUGCAUCGAGCUCAUGGUGAAGAGGGAGGACAGCUGGCAGAAGAGGCUGGACAAGGAGCUGGAGAAGAGGAGGAGGGUGGAGGAUGCCUACAAGUCGGCCUUGAGUGAACUGAAGAAGAAAUCUCACUACGGAGGCCCCGACUACGAGGAGGGUCCUAACAGCCUCAUCAAUGAGGACGAGUUCUUUGAUGCGGUGGAAGCUGCCCUGGACAGACAAGACAAGAUAGAGGAACAGUCAGAGAAGGUGAGGAUACCCAGACUGACCCCCGUCCCCCCUGGAGACGCAUACUCCGUCAUCGGAACACACCGCUUUGCCAAACAGCCCCAUAGCUACUCUUCCUCCCUGUCCUCCGUUGAAUUAGUCAGUGCCUCAGAUGAUGUUCACAGAUUCAGCGCACAGGUGGAGGACGUGGUUCAGAAUCACAUGACCUACUCCCUGCAGGACAUGGGUGGCGAUGCCAACUGGCAGCUGGUGGUGGAGGAGGGUGAGAUGAAGGUGUACAGGAGAGAGGUGGAGGAGAACGGCAUCGUUCUGGACCCUCUGAAAGCCACCCAUGCAGUGAAGGGUGUGACCGGACACGAGUUGUGCCACUACUUCUGGGACACGGACGUACGCAAUGACUGGGAGACCACCAUUGAAAACUUUAACGUGGUGGAGACACUCUCAGACAAUGCUGUUAUAGUCUACCAGACCCACAAGAGAGUAUGGCCUGCCUCUCAGAGGGACGUCCUCUACCUAUCAGCUAUCAGGAAAAUCCUGGCGACCAAUGAGAAUGACCCAGACACGUGGCUGGUCUGCAACUUCUCUGUAGAUCACGACAACGCCCAGCCCACCAGCCGGUGUAUCCGUGCCAAAAUCAACGUGGCCAUGAUCUGCCAGACCCUGGUGAGCCCUCCAGAGGGCAACAAAGAGAUCAGCAGGGACAACGUCCUCUGUAAGAUCACGUAUGUGGCCAACGUGAACCCUGGUGGCUGGGCCCCUGCCUCAGUCCUAAGAGCCGUGGCCAAGAGGGAAUACCCCAAGUUCCUCAAACGCUUCACCGGUUACGUCCAGGAGAAGACCAGCGGAAAACCUAUCCUCUUCUAAAUCUCACUGGUGUUGGAAGGCGAAACACUUUUUUGUCCUGAAGAGAUAUGGCUACAUUUCCCAUUCAUCUGUCAACCGGAAUUUCUUCACAAACCACCCAGAAUGUUCCAGAUAACAUAAUCGUAUCAGUAGUUGCCAGCCACCUGAGCCACAAAAACAUUGUUAAACUGUGUGUUUGUAUAUGAAUUUCUGAAUCGACAGAACCAAUCUUUUUGUAAAUUGUUUUGUAAAUAAUUUCCAAUUAUAUUAUUCUGGACUAUA